AUGGCCCCGACAACGGGCAUUGCGCCCCCGAACUGUCAAUCCGGUAUUGGUACCGUGAUACUCGCCCGGAAAGACAAGAAGAAUAUUACACCUACACACUGCGAGGGAAUCUGGAUGUAUUGCGACUAUAUCCGCGACUAUAUUGAGAAAGGAGCAUCUCCUAAUCAAUUGUUCAGCCGGGAGAGGUUUGAGCAGUGGUUUGAGGGACUCGAUUAG